AUGAAAUAUAUGAGCCUAUUAUAGGCAACAAACUUGACUCUUCAAUUCUUAUCCUCCAUAUAAAUAAGUUCAUAUGUUUCAUUUGUAAGAUGUAUCCUUUGAAAAUAUGAAUAAGAAAUCUCUCCCUUCUCUUUGUCACAUAUCCUUGUCAUCCACUGCUUCCAAUAGCUCAGCUCGCCGCCGGAGAACCUUACAGAGAGUAUAGAGAAAAGGAAGAGAUGUCUUAUUCAUAUCUUUAGGAGGUACAUCUUACAAAUGAAACAUAUGAACCUAUUUACAUACAAGAACAUUGACUCUUCAAUACUACUUUAACAGACACUGAUCAUUCAUUUAUUCAAAAGUACAAAAAUUAAAAUAAUGACCACACAUUAAUAAAAUAUUCAUAGCAAAUUAAACAAUUUUAAAAUCAAUAUUUAAUUAAAGAAUACCCAUACAACCAAGAAUUUGUGAAGAUCCGAACCUGAAAAGAACCCGCCACCAUUGACCCGCACCCGACCCAAUUGUUACGCCGCAGUGCCCCACUCUCACUUUGUCAGGACUUAGGAUCCAUUUCAUCGGACCUCAGCGAUCAGGUACAAAUGAUGCUGCAUUCACUAAAGAGAUGGAGAAUCCCGCCGUCCGGCAUUUUGAUCGGACUGACUAGGCGGUGGAUAUGCACCGACGGGGGAACAACCGUGAUGAGCUUCGGCGAUGGAAGCCACGGGGCUUUGGGCCUGCCGAUGUCCAUACCGGGCUUAGGCUCCGACGCCUACGAGCCUACUCCCGUUCCAGGCCUCCCACGUGAUGUCACCGGCAUCGCCGCCGGCCAUUUCCACUCCCUCGCCGUCACUCGUGAGGGCCAUGUUUAUGCCUGGGGCCGUAACACCGAAGGUCAGCUCGGUCGUGAUCGUAUUUCUCCUAGAGAGACAUGGAAUGAACCAAAGAGGGUAGAAGGGCUAGAAAAAGUGAGAGUUCGAGCUGCGUUUGCCUCAGGUGUUGUGUCUGCUGCCCUUGGAGAAGAUGGAUCUCUGUGGGUCUGGGGAAGUUCCAAACGGGGGCAGCUAGGGCUAGGGGAAGGAAUAACCGAAACUGUUGUACCCACCAGGGUUGAAACACUACUUGGAGAAUAUAUAGUUAAGGUAUCACUUGGUUGGGGGCAUGCUCUAGCAAUGACUAGAAGUGGGAAAUUGUUUGGCUGGGGAUACUAUGCAGAUGGUAGAAUAGGGAAGAUUGGGAAAGAGUUGGAGAUCUCCCCACUGGAAUCUAAUUCAUCUGAAUUUAAAUCAGUGGAAGCUGCCGAGCAGUCAGUCUUGGAAGCCAUGGAGAAGGAAAAAGAUAUGCCUACUAUAUGGAAUCCUGGUUUGGUUGAGGAGCUACAAGGUUUGAAAGUUGAAGAUGUGGCUUGUGGGCUUGACCACUCUUUGGUUGUUUGCAGUGAUGGCACUCUGUUUAGUGGUGGAAGCAAUGCAUAUGGGCAGUUAGGCAGGACAAAUCAAGAUUUGGGGAUGCAGCCUGUUGACAUAGGUUUACGUACCCUAAACAUAGCUUCAGGUUUAGGACACUCUUUGGCUGUUUGCGAAGUUCCCUCAUCAGAAGGACCAAAAGUUUUUUCAUGGGGAUGGAACCAAAGUUGUCAACUUGGCAGGCGAGGUCCAGGCCACAUUCCUCAGCAGGUCGAGGGGCUGGAUGGUGAGAUACCAAAAUUGGUUUCAGCAGGACGUGCACAUUCCCUUGUUCUCACGGCUAAGAAUGAAGUUUGGGCGUGGGGCUGUGGUAAAAAUGGGAGACUAGGAUUGUGCAGUUCAGCAGAUGAAUCUGAACCCAUGUUAGUUGACUUUUCUCAAGGUUUUGAGGCUUGGGAAGCCAUGGCUGGCUUAGAUCAUAGUCUUGUUCUUGGGAAAAUCAUAUGUUAGAUCAAAUCUACAAGAAUCUCAAUUGUUAAUUUCAAUACAUAGUUGCAUUUCAAAACCGAACAGCUACUUUAACUGUUUGACUUGGCUAAAAUUGAUCAAACA